CCGUCUGUCGAUCAAAGCGCUUCGUGUCCGCCCACUUCACCCUUCCCUCUGCCGCAGCUGGGCGCUAGGCAGCCGCGCUCGCCCCGAAUCAGUGUCGGAGCAGCCGAGAGUGAGGGAGCACUGUGCCUUUAAUUGCCGCUACUCAGCCAGCUAUUCGGUUACUAACCAAGAGCGUAUGAGCACCACAGUUAAAGAUUAAGGUACUGAAAGGUAGGUAAGAAAACACAGACGCCUUUAUCUGGACUUCCUUAGUAGAGUAAAGGGGUAUUUUUUUAAAGCUAAGCGCAUUGAUGAACUACUGGGUACGGAUGAGUCAGUGGGCGCUAUGCUAGGCUAGCUCCAGUGUUUCAUGCGGAAGUAUUCGAGUAGAUCGCAAGACGGUGAUAAAAGGAGUGAGCGGGAUUCUUCGAUAUAUACUGAAAUAAAGACCUGCGCGUGUUUAUCGGGCAACUGGGAAGCACUGAUUUAUUCAGCCAUCUUUCGGUGGCGUGUGACGUUUAAAAGUAACUGGACGAGAAGGAGUUAGCAAACUCAAAAUGGCUCCCCUCUCCUUGUUGUCGAUUCCGCUCGGGUUUUUUUUUUCCCCCUGCGUUAGCGGAGGAGACAAAGCGCGAGGCGCACGAUCUGACCGAGAGAGCGGGCUUCAGCUCGAGAAUUAGAGGUGGAUAAAAGCCUAAUUUAAGCUAACGCGCUAUUAAAUGUCGUCGUUUGUAUGUGGUUUGUAUGUUUCUCCACUCAAAGGUUCUUAACCGGUAGGGGAUUGCCAGCGGCGUCAGCUCGAAGGGGGAGGGUGAGCGGGAGCCUGGGUGGAGCUCGCCUCGGCGCCGGGGAGGGACGGAGGAGCACCGAAUCGGCACGGUUCGGACGAGGCGCGUGGCACGCGUUUUAAAGUGGCGUCGCGCUAAUGUGCUCGCGGGGGGCUGGCACGGCGCGAGGUGGGAAAUUCAAAAUGCCAGCUGGAGCGCCGGCGGACGGACGUCGUGCUCACCUGCGGCCGAGUGACGCGGCUCGUUCCAGGUGUAACGAGCUCUGCGUCCGAUAGAGGGCGGCCACGGAGCCGCGUCCGGAGCUCGCCAGCCUCCCGCAGCACGUAACACCGUUAUGUUUUACUGCAGAUUCAGAGCUGCGCCAGUUUUCGAGGGCAAUCAAAUUGACUUGUCGGGGCUACUGACAAACCUGUACACAUUUUUACAGAUUUUGUGAGGGACGCAUGCGUCCUUCAAACUGAGCACAAAUCUGACUGGAUUUGUCUGUAAUUACAAUGACAAUGCAAAAUAUACGGCCAUUCAUAUGCGCUUGGCCAAUAUUCAACCAGGAAUUGCGUCGGUGAAAUUUGUAAGAAAUUAAAUUUCUCAUUUUGUUAAUAUAGUACACUAAUUGCUGAUGUACUGUAACUGCGUUGUAUUAGAUGCCUGUACUUGAAAUGACUGCUGUUUCUUAAUCCAUUUUUGCUGCCAGGUUUUAACCUGUAUGACCUACUUUAUUCUUACGUUUUUGAAUUUUGUCACGAGAAUGGUCCCUUUCUAGGUUCGCUGUCGACAUACCCUACUUUGGAGGCCGACUAUACUUCGAUGAGCAAAAUUUUCCCUCGUGUUUUAAAAUAAAUAGUAAUUCUCCUAUUUCUUCUUGUUUUCAGAAGUUACAUAACAUAGAAUGAGCAGACCGUAGUUUUAGCCUCAUUUCUGUUGCAAGGAAGACCAAAAUUCCACAUAACCCGGAUGAAUGUUUGUUGUUUUCAUAUUGUGGAAAAAUUUUGUUUUUUAACGUAAAUUUUCUUUUUUCUAAAUAAAUGAUUUUGACAGGUUUCUUUCUAAAUGCAAUACACAAAAGGCAAAAUGUUUUAUUUCUUUUGCCAUUUUAUUCCUGCAGUACUGAUCAAUAGGAUUUAAUACCCCUCCUGACCAGCCAGUCAGUCUCUGUGUCUGUAGUGCAUUGAUCUGCCCAUCAUUUUAUAAGAAAACUGCUUGUAUGUUUUAGAUCAAAUCAAUUGACUGCCUUUUCUGUUGCAGAGGUAUGGCAAAGGGACAGUUCUUGUAUGUUUUCUAUAUUGGUGCAGGGUUGUCAUGGAAAGCGUAGCAGAUUUUUUUUUUUUCAUUCUCUGGCUGCUUGUGACUAAUGGUGCUUUUGAUUUCAGUAAGGAACCCAGAAAUUCCCUUUUUUCUUUUCUUUUCUUUUUAUUGCAAAUUACCGCAGUCAACUCUUUGCAGUACGCACCUUUACAGACCCCGUAAUAUAGGCCAUGUUUACACUGUAGGCUGUAAACCUGACCACACCCACCCUGCAGAUGUAGUAUUCCAGCUUAUAUUGUGCUCUGUUGCUACAGAGAUGUUGAUCUCAGGUAGGACAAACUCCCUUGCUUUCAGUGAUUGUGACGUGCUGUGUUACCUCCACAAUACCUUGCCUGUCGGCUGCAGUUUCAGGUUGUUAUUCCCAGGUCAUUAAAUAGACGUAUGUAUGUCUUUAUGAAAAGAUUCUACAAAUCUAAGCUUUUAACAUUAGGUUUCAUCUUCUAAUUUGCUUGUUUCUGCUUGCAACUAAAGUUUGAUUGGUUUUGCAGAACACUGCCACGUUUAAGUCUUUUGAAAGACUGUGAAAUGUGAAAUGACGUACUCACUUGCAUCCGACUUGGUCUGUUUUUAGGUGCUCAACUACCCUUCAAUCUGAGAUUGUUGUAGUUCUUCGGCGAUUCAUCCAGUGAUUGCCAAGUAGUCAUGCCCUCCAGAUGCCACCCACUGCCCCGCCCCCUCCUUAGACACCCCAAUGUCAUUUCCGCAGGCGCUGAGUUCCUAUUGGUCGUGUUGUGCGUCAUUUCCACAGGCACAAAGUACCAGUUGGUUGUAAUGUGCGUUGACGUUCUGGUUAUUGUCAUGUGUUCUCUCUGCCCCCCCGCUGCAUGUUUGCUACUUUUAGGCUGCAGCUGCCCUGGUUGGCUGGUCUCUUGACUGGAGGCAAGUGGCCAACACUCGGUUCAAUACUAGAUGUAUGUACAGUACUGUUCACUGUCGCUGCAGUGUGUUUACCAUUUUGAUUUGAAUGAAUGUUAGUGAAGCAUGGGCUUUUUAAAUGCUUGUGUCUAACUUAACGAGCACUGUUAGUUUGUACAUUUGGGAUUUAAAGAUGGGGCCAAUCAACUCAGUCAUCAAAAGAAAUCUGUCACAUUAGAUUUUCUAGUAUUAUGAUUUUGUGCACUCAUCAAUUUCAAACAUGCUCUCUGGCUCAUUUUAUUUUAAACUUAUAAUACACAAUUGUAACCUACAAUUAGAGAUCAAAUCAUUUAACAAAUAUUAUAUAUUAAUAAAGUAGGGUUUUGCCAAAUUGUGAAUGAUUAUUCUAAUUCAUUUUGCAAGUUGAUUUAUUUUACUGAAAGGUGAAAUAUUUAUGCUGAAAAUGCAUGCUUACAGUAUACUUUGGGCACUUUGUAGUUCAUACGGCCUCAUGCUAAAUGAACUAUUUAAAGUAAUCUUCAGAAAGCAAAUGUCAGUUUAUCUGGCAAAGUCAAAAGACCUGUUUGUUUUUAUAACUUUGGUCCUCGCCUGUGACCGUUGCUGGUCUUUAGCUCUCCCAAUAUUAAUUGUUACUUGACAGUUAUGCAUGAGUGUAACGAACUUUAACACAGAUUUGGGGGGGGGGGUUAAAAAGAGUGAUAUAAGUGUGUGAGAAAGACUUAACAGACGCAUUGUGGCUAGUAACAUGCUGUACUUUCCAGCAGACCGGGGGCUCUUUAGAGCUUGCUUAUUCCGCCCACCAGCAACCUUACUCCUGACUGGCCUAAAAUGGGCAGAAAACAAAAGCGGUUUGUCUCUAGUACAAAUGCACUGAAGCGCUGCGCUCAGGAGGGAACGGCUAUGUUAUUGCCUGUACUUCUCGACAGGAAAGUGCAGGCAUGUUUCCCAAAGGCACAAAGCGCAAGUUUUGCGACGUGGCGGACGAGGCUGCAGGCGGGCAGGGGGCAGGUGUCAGGGCGGCGUCGUCCUACACGAUGCAGCGGCAGUCGCUGUUGGACAUGUCUCUGAUCAAGCUGCAGUUGUGCCACAUGCUGGUGGAGCCCAACCUCUGCCGCUCCGUGCUCAUCGCUAACACCGUGCGUCAGAUUCAAGAGGAGAUGACACAGGACGGGACCUGGCAGGCGAUGGCUGAGGCCUUCCACUCAGGCCAAGCCCCUUCUGAUCGCCUAGAGGCCACAGAGGUCCUGUGCCGGCCGCCCACACGGAGCCAAGACGAGGAGCCCAAAAGCUUCUCUGUCAUUGGCUAUGAGGGCUGCCACUCUGAGGAGGUGGUGGUGGAUGAUGAUGCCGCGUGUACCUACAUGCCGGGUAGCCUGGCCGCAGGGCCCUGCUGGGAUGAAGAUGAUCUGAAGGAUGCUACGGAUCAUGACGAAGAAGACGAGGACGAAGAAAAGGGUGAUGGCGAGGCAGGAUUGGGAGGAGACGAUGUCGGGCAUUUGGGAGAAGACUCCAAGACCACCGAACAGGUCUUUGGUACAUUUGAGAUCAAGAAUCCAGUCUCUAUUCCGGACCCCGCGCUGGAGGAACUGUUCUCGGACGUUGACGCCUCGUACUACGACUUGGACACCAUGCUCACUGGCAUGCAAAGCGCCCCCAAGAUGGGUCCUUAUGACCUUCUGGAGAGCCUGUCUCAUGGGUCUGCCUCCAUCACCUCCAACUCCAGCUGUCGGCCUGAUCUCAAUGAACUGGACCACAUCAUGGAGAUCAUUGUGGGGUCAUAAAUGAGACACGAGGACUCAACCCACGAUCCCCAAUUUCUGCGUGCGUGUGUUUGUGUGCGUGUGUGUGAGAGAAUGAGUGAGUGAGAGUGUGUGUGUGUGAGCAUGUGUGCUUAUAUGGAAGGUGUUAAAUCAGUCACUCUUUUGACAAGGUGUGAUUGCUACUCAGAGUGAGAUUUAACAUGCUGACCAUUGUAAUUUGAUUUGCAUACUUUCUGUAUGUUUCCUUUUAUAUGUGUGCUUUGUUUUGUUUAAUUUAUUUUGACAUUUUAAUUUUUAAAUGAUGUCAUUACACUACAUAAAUUGUGAACAGAACAAGUUAUAACAGAACUUCUAAAGCAACACAUAUUUUCCUAAAAAAAAAAGGAAGAAAAUGUUCAAAUAUAUACAUAUGUAUAUAACUAUAUAUAUAUAUUUUUACAGAACAUACAGCUUGGGAAAUAUAACAGUACUUUUUAUUAUUAUUUUAAAUUUUGACCAGAGAGAUAUUUCAAGUAAAUUAAGUAUUCUAUAACGUGGGCAGAUGAACUCAAUGUCUUCCUGUGGUUUGAUCAUCCUGGUGCUGAUGGGAUAGGUGAAAUUUACUGCAAAAUUUCUGAAUGGGAACUAAUGGGCACGUCAGUGGCUGUGUGCUGUGACAGAAAUCACACUCGUAUCAGUAUGACAGGCUCCAGCUUGUUUUUACUAUUAGAAGCCAUAGUUUCUUAUAUUUGUAUUGUUACAAAUGAAGAAUUAUGGGUCCGACCCAGUUAAGUUAUUACCUUUUUAAUUUAUUUUAUUUUAUUUAUUGAAUACAAGCAUGUCUUGGGGGAUGUGAGUUCAGUAUAAGUCCAGGUGGAAUUGGCUUUUCAGAUAAUUUGUGCUGUUUUUUUUUCUUUUUUUUUUUCUACAGACAUACCUACCAUUCCUUGAGUCCUCAGGAGAGGACAGGUUUUCCCAUUUGCUAUGCAGUUAGCGUAACAAAAUAUUGAGCAGUAUUCAUUUAUAUAAAUCUAAAAGAAGGCUAUUUUAUUUAUUUGUAUAUUCAAUUUAACGUUUUUUUUUUUUCAUUUCAAAAUGACCGAUUACAAAAAUGGUAUUUCUUAUUUUUUAAAGUGGUCUAGGAAAAUAUUGUUACGAUUUAUUCCUCUUCACGGCUAACAUUACUCAGGCAAAAGUAUUGUGUAAAAUUAGACAGUAUUAUGAAAGUUACCACCGUACGCUCCUUUCGAAUUGAUGUCAAAGCAGUAUAGUUACGCUGCAAAUGAAUCCAGAAUUUAAAUCUAUUUUGACAUUUAUUACCUGGACUAGGGUAGAUUAUAUGCAUUUUAUAUAAAUACAUUGUAGCAUUUUUGUAAAUAUUUUUAAUAAAAGGUACAAAAUUUCCAAUA